GACGAAGCAUGUUUCUGAAACAUUUCUUUACUAAAUUCUGUUGAAUUUUUUUUGAGAUAAUGUCUCAUAAGAACGGAGGUAACGGAGUUACUGUAUCAGUGGGCGAACAAGAAUGUGAUUUUGUGCAAAGUGAAGAAGGCUGCCAAUUUUUUCUGCAAGAAAAGCUCUGUUGAAGGAAAUCAGAAUAAAUGAUACAUGUAUUAUUAUUGGCGAAACAGCAUCGGGAAAAUCAACACAACUUCCUCAAUUUUUAUAUCGUAGUGGUUUCAUGAGGUUUGGCAUCAUUGCUUGUACACAACCACGUCGAGUUGCUGCUAUAAGUCUAGCUGAACGUGUAGCAUACGAAAUGAAAGUGGAAUUGGGGGAUAGAGUAGGAUACACUGUAAGGUUUGAGGAUAUGACCUCCGGUAAUACAAGGAUAAAAUACAUGACUGAUGGCAUGCUUCUAAGAGAAGCAAUACAAGAUCCUUUACUGAAACGUUAUGCAAUAAUUAUACUUGAUGAGGCUCAUGAAAGGACAAUACAUACUGAUGUGUUGUUUGGUAUAGUAAAGUCAGCACAGAGAAGUAGAGGAAAGUCACGUGACCAAACAUUAAAGGUGAUUGUCAUGUCGGCAACACUAGCUGCAGAACCAUUUUCGAAAUUCUUUGAUGAUGCUAGAAUAUUGUAUAUUGAAGGACGACAAUAUCCUAUUAAAACGUUAUAUUCUGUUGAUAUGCAAACAGAUUAUCUACAUGCCGCUCUUGUUAGUGCUGUGCAACUUCACAAAGAGAAACCAUUGGGAGGUGAUAUUUUAAUUUUUCUUACUGGUCAAGAAGAGAUUGAAUUGCUUGCAAAUCUUUUGAAAGAUUGUUUGAAUGAUCCAACAGUGGAAAUUUGUCCUUUAUAUGCAGGAUUACCCUCCGUGUUACAAUUGAAUGCUUUAAGACCAACACAGAGUGGCAUGAGAAAAAUAGUUUUAUCAACUAAUAUUGCAGAGACAUCGCUUACAAUUAUAGGUGUAAAAUAUGUAAUUGACACUGGUUUUGUCAAAGCAAAAGAGUACAACCCAAACACAGGUUUUGAUGUGUUAAAAGUUCAACCAAUAUCAAUGGCACAGGCUCGCCAACGUCUUGGUAGAGCUGGAAGACAGUGUCCUGGAGAGUGUUAUAGACUUUAUACUGAGGAACAGUUUUAUAACCUUCAACCAACAACACAACCAGAAAUACAACGUUGUAACCUUUCCAAUGUUGUUUUGCAACUUAUGGCAUUAGGGAUAAAUGAUGUUUUAUCAUUUGAUUUCUUGGAUGCACCAUUAAAACAAACAAUUAUCAAUGCUAUUGAACAGUUAAAACUAUUGAAGGCUUUAGAUGAUGAUACUGGAAAGCUUUCCGAUCUUGGACACAAAAUGUCCCAUUUUCCUUUGGAGCCACGUUUUUCAAAAACUCUACUCAUGUCUCGUGAUUUUGGUUGUGGAGAGGAGAUGUUGACGAUCACAGCCUUGCUGUCAGUAGAUACAAUAUUUUAUACUCCAAGAAAUCGUCGUGAUAUUGCCUCUGCUGUAUUAGAAAAGUAUCGCUCUUCACAAGGAGAUCUUAUAACUUUAUUGAACGUAUAUCGAGCAUUCAAAUCAGUGCGCGGAAAUAAAGAUUGGUGCGCGAGUAACUACAUCAAUGUUAAAGCAAUGAAGACAGUUUUGGAUGUUCGUUGUCAACUACGAGAAUUGUGUCGAAAACUUGAUAUUUCUCUUGAAUCGUGUGGACAAGACACAAGCAAAGUUCGUCAAUGUCUUUCUGCAGGGUUUUUUCUAAAUGCUGCUGAGUUACAGCUAAAUGGAAGCUACAAAUGUCUUGGACAUAAGAUUUUUUCAAACAUUCAUCCAUCGUCAUCUUUAUUUAAAUGCAAACCAGCUUAUGUUAUUUUCACCGAACUUGUUCAAACCUCGAAAUGUUACAUGAAAAAUGUAAGUGUUGUUGAUCCUCUAUGGCUUAUAGCUGCUGCACCUCAUUACUUUAGAAAACUUAGUUUUGAUGGAAAACAAUUUCAUUCCGUGAUUACUUAAGCUAGUAAUAUACGGUCGUACUAUUGAAUCCAAUAUAAUGAAGUGGACUGGAAAAGUAUCGUGAGAAAAAUGCACUAGAAGUUCUCCUUAUAAAAUAUCAAAUUUCUUGAAAUGGAAAUGCCCAUUUUAUUUGUCGACAUUGGAAUUUUGUAAUGGAUAUUAUACAUGGAGGAAGUUGUGUAACUAUUUUAAGUCAGGCGAAUAAGGUUUUCUCAUUCACAUUUGGAACAUCUUAAAGAAAAGACAACGGGGUUUUACAACAAUAACGAAAAGCAAUACCGCGGAAUAAAUAAAUCUCUUCUGCUAA